AUGAGCGACCUUUCCGGCCAAAGAUGGAAGCCAACCUUCUUUGGCAUGCACGCCAAAAGCCCCGGCACUGUAUCGUACUGUACCCGGUACCUUGUCGUCCUUGUUGGUGCUGGUGCCCUGGCGAGCGCCCUGUCCGCCCACCAAUGCAGUCACCUUCCAGUUCACCCUUCAAUUCUCAAUGCACCCACAGAGUCCACUUUCCAGACGGGCACCCCAUCGAGCGGAACAGAGCGUGGAGACUGCGCUAGCACCAGGUACCGCGUACCUGCUUGCUAG